UUUUUUUAUUAAUGUGCAAACAUUUCUAAAAAACAGUUUUUUUUCUUCAAAUAAGGCUGUAACGUAGCAAAAUGUGGAAAAAGUCAAGGGGUCUGAAUACUUUCCGAAUGCUCUGUAUACUCAGAAGUGGUAGAUGGGAUGCAUGCCUCCUGAGUCUGACUAGGGCCCCACUUCUUCCUCUUCUCCUGCAUUGGUGUUUUGGUGUAGACCCCGGGAUGAAUAGAGCUGCCUUGGGAAGGUUAAACAAUGGAUCCAGGUCAGGGAACAUUAAUUUCUGGUGAGUGACCGCAGAUCUAAUAUUUCGGCUGUAGGUAAUAAUAAAAUAAAUGCUAUCUGCAAAUAAUGUAAGAAAUAAAACAAUAUAAAAAAAAGCUAGAAACAGGGUGACUAGAAACAGGGUGACUAUGUAUGUCAGUGCCAUCUUAAGUCAAUGUGGAUAGGAAUGUUAGCCAUUUAUCAAACCUGCAUAUACCACACAACCAUGUCAGUAAUAAGAAUUGGGAAACUUGUUUAGUGCAAUGAUGUAUUGAUAGGAAGUAUCAUAUGGGGUUUAGCAUAAACAACAAAAAUAAUAUUUCAAUAAAAUCAACAACAAAUGAAUAGUCCUGUCAGAGUUAACAUGUCAAUUAGGAAACCGUAGUCCUAUUAGAACCUGUUGUUGAGCCUUUAAGUCCUUGAAUGGAUGUUACUCCCCCAAGUGAAGAGGAUGGCUCUCAACUAUUCCACUAUUUUACCACCACAACAUUGGUUUGGGCAACGAAAGAGGCCUAAAAUCCCUCUUAGCACACAACAAAAACAUGCUAGCCUUCCCCCACCAUGGACUUGUAGUCGAUUCAAGAUGGCCCCUGUGGCUUGGACACGCCCCACACCGCCCCCAUACCUGCAACCUUAAAGACCUACUUCAUAAUGGGUAACUAUCUUCACAAACAGUGUGUUAGUGUAGUCUUGGCCCAGUGUAGUCUUGGCCCAGUAUAUACCAACACAUUCUUUUCAUAUAUUCAUUAUUUCAUUUCUUUUAGGGGCAACGUUUCAUUUCAUUUUCACGUUAUGCUUUUUUGGUAACUCAUGUUACAGUAUUAUGGCCAGGGGAUAGAAGCUGUUUUUGAGCCUGUUGAUCUGAGCCUUGAUGCACCGGUACCGCCUGCCAAACGGAAGCAUGGAGAACAGUCCAUGUCUCGGGUAGCUGGAGUCUUUGGCAAUUCUUUGGGCCUUUCUCAGACACCUGGCAUGUACGUCCUGGAUAGCUGGAAGCUCACCCCCAGUGAUGCGCUGGGCCGUCCGCACCACCCUCUGUAGGGCUUUCCGGUCGAGGGCAGUACAGUUGCCAUACCAGACGGUAAUACAGUCAGGAUGCUCUCGCUGGUGCAGCUGUAAAAGGUUGAUGGCGGUGAAUGUAUUCUCCAUCUCUUCGGCUCUGGAGAACCUGAGUCGUCAUGAGAUGCUGUCCUGGGUCAACGACUCUCUACGGCUCACUUACACCAAGAUAGAACAACUGUGUUCAGGUGCAGUGUAUUGUCAGUUCAUGGACAUGUUGUUCCCUGGCUGUGUCCUGCUGAAGAAGGUGAAGUUCGCAGCCCGGCUGGAACAUGAGUUCAUCAACAACUUCAAGGUCCUACAGGCCUCCUUCAAGAGAAUGGGUCGUAGACAAGAUCAUCCCAGUAGAGAGAUCAUCCCAGUAGAGAGGCUGGUGAAGGGGAGGUUUCAGGAUAACUUUGAGUUCAUCCAGUGGUUUAAGAAGUUUUUUGAUGCCAACUACGAUGGGAAGGAGUAUGACCCUGUGGCCACACGCCAGGGGCAGGAGGGCGCCCCCUCACCCAACCCAGGCCCCCAGAGGACAUCUCCCACAGUGACCAAGACAGCCCCCUCCAGGCAGAUAAACUCUGCCUCCAUCCGCAGGGCGAUGCCCACUAGAGCAACCAGACCAUCAGACGCUGAGAUCCUAGAACUGAACCAGCAGAUGUUGGAUCUGAAGCUGACGGUGGAUGGUCUGGAGAAAGAGAGAGAUUUCUACUUCAGUAAGCUGAGAGACAUCGAGUUGAUCUGUCAGGAGAAUGAGACCAACGCCAGCCCAACACUCUCCAAGAUCAUGGAUAUACUGUACGCUACUGAGGAUGGCUUCAUGGCGCCAGAGUACGACAUGGUGGAGGAGGCGCCACAGGGAGACCAAGAAGAAUACUAAACACACCUCCUUUCUCUGCACCACUACACACCUCCUUUCUCUGCACCACUACAUACCUCCUUUCUCUGCACCACUACACACCUCCUUUCUCUGCACCACUACACACCUCCUUUCUCUGCACCACUACACACCUCCUUUCUCUGCACCACUACACACCUCCUUUCUCUGCACCACUACACACCUCCUUUCUCUGCACCACUACACAUCUCCUUUUUCUGCACCACUACACACCUCCUUUCUCUGCACCACUACAUACCUCCUUUCUCUGCACCACUACACACCUCCUUUCUCUGCACCACUACACACCUCCUUUCUCUGCACCACUACAUACCUCCUUUCUCUGCACCACUACACACCUCCUUUCUCUGCACCACUACACACCUCCUUUCUCUGCACCACUACACACCUCCUUUCUCUGCACCACUACACACCUCCUUUCUCUGCACCACUACAUACCUCCUUUCUCUGCACCACUACACACCUCCUUUCUCUGCACCACUACACACCUCCUUUCUCUGCACCACUACACACCUCCUUUCUCUGCACCACUUCCCUCCGUGGCUCACCUCUUCAAGAUUCUCAUCUCCUUCCCCUUCUCUUCUCCCAUCCUCUCGCAACCACCCCCCCAAGACAUGUCUGCUCCGGACAGUUCAUCUGAAUGGGCAUUGUUAGCAGGGUGCUAGGCUAAUAGCUAGCUCUGAACAGCUCCUCUGAAUGGGCAUUGUUAGCAGGAUGCUAGGCUAAUAGCUAGCUCUAAACAGUUCAUCUGUAUGGAUGUUGUUAGCAGGAUGCUAGGCUAAUAGCUAGCUCUAAACAGUUCAUCUGUAUGGGUGUUGUUAGCAGGAUGCUAGGCUAAUAGCUAGCUCUAAACAGUUCAUCUGUAUGGGUGUUGUUAGCAGGAUGCUAGGCUAAUAGCUAGCUCUACCAAAUAUGGUGAUGAGAGGAAGCACAGUGGCCAGCAGUGGGAGAAGGAUUUUGGCCGACAUUCUGCAAAUUUUCUCAUCAAUGAAACAUUUGACCUCUACAGUUUUUCUGUUUCCCAAACUAGAAUCUGUAACAAGCAGAGUGUACUGCGUUUUGUAGACUUUAUCCUUUACGAAAGUUUCAAAGUAUUGUGUUGUUUAGAAAAAGUGUAAGGGUGAAUUGAGUUAUUGCACACACGCACUUCAGAGUAGGCGUUCCCUAAUGGAAAUAUGCAAAUAAAUGCUAGAAUGUGCCAAUAGGAUCGCACCAGCUCGUGGUUGGCUCUGCCCACUAUGGUUUAUUUGCUCCCAUUGGAAAUGACAGACUCUGGUCUAUCUUGGGUUAGUUAUAAAAAUCUUUGGUUAAUCUGUAUGGGAGGUGUUAGCAGGGUGCUAGGCUAAUGGCUAGUGUAAAUGUCAGGUUGUUAGCACAAAGUAUGGCUCUAUAGAGCCCUCUGCCUAUAGAUGCAGGUCACACAUCAAACUCCAUCAUCUCUGAACCCAGAACCAAGUCUCGCAUGCUUCUCUCAGAUUGGAAAGAGACUCACUCCACUGACUCACUGGCCCAGUUCAGCAUUAGGGUUCGGCAUCUACCUACCAUACACAUAUCAGUCAUCAGUCCCUGCAUUAAUAAUAUGGGCUCAGCUGCACCACCAUGUUGUCAGUUGUCAAGUGACUCUGUCGUCAGGGAAACAGCCUGUUGUAAAGAAGCGAUUAACCAGGCGGCAUGAUUUUAUUUCUUUAGCGGUUAUUUUAACCAAUCAGAAGGAUCCAGAAACCUACAUGUAAGGUGAUUGGGUGAGGCCAGCAGGAAGCAGGGGUCGCUAUUCAGCAGGGAGCAACGUUACAAAA